AACCACCGGCGCAGAGGGCACCAUAAUCAAAAUCGUCCAAACCAACCUCCAGCAUAAACACCUUGCGACGGCCACCCUUCGUAGACAGCUGGAGGUUGAAGCCGACACCGUCGCCCUGAUUCAGGAGCCAUGGGUCAGAGCCAACAACAUACGCGGAUUUGGAAAUUGCAACGAGACAUGACAGCAGUCGUCAUAAAGAGUGGACUCCACCAAGGCAUGAAUGCGACACCAAAACCGGUGGUGCUAGCGUCACUAUAUAUGCCAAUUGAACAACAAAUACCACCAAAAGAACUAACAGACCUGAUAACACACUGCGAGGUGAACAACAAGGACCUCAUCAUCUCAGUGGACAGCAAUGCACACCAUAACCUAUGGGGUAGUACGACAAAUAAUAAAAGAGGUGAGCAACUUGUCUCCUAUCUAUUAACAACUAACCUAACCAUACUAAACAAGGGCACCGAACCAACGUUCGUGUCCAGUAGAUACCAAACCAUUAUAGACCUAACAUUAGCGACGAUAGAGAUCAGCGACCAGGUAAAAAACUGGCACGUAAGCGACGAGCCUACACUAUCCGACCACAGACGCAUAUGCUACGAACUGGACCUAAUAAAAACGCAAUGGAUACCUAAAAGAAAUCCAAGGAAGACCAACAGACAAAAAUACAGAGAACUCUUAAAAAAUAAAACAGACGCGGUGAAACCGACUGAAACGCACAGUUGCAAUAACAUAGAGGAAAAUGUAACAACAGUUACCAAACAUAUAACAACAAGCUAUGAGUAAUCAUGCCCACUAAAAACGACCAACACCAAACAAACACCA